GCCAGUAGUGGGGGAACGCUCGGCUAGUAGUACGAGAGCGCUCGGCCGGUAGUGGGAGAGCGCUCGGCUAGUAGUGGGGGAGCGUUCGGCCGGUAGUGGGGGUAGCCCGGACAGGAGGCGGGGUUCCUCUCUGACGGCUCGGACCGGUUCGGUUUCAGUUCACAGGCUGAGAUCUACACGAGCGUUGACCUUCGCGAGAGACGCGUCCCUCCGUAGUUGUUCAGCGUCGAUCCACAGUGUCGCGAUCUAGCCGAUCUACACGAUCUACCAAUCGCCUUGACGACGUGCCCUCCUCAAACAGUGUCGAUCUAGACCCCGCAGCGAUUCCCCUAACGACCGUCUCCGUCCGUACGUGUUCCUCUCGGUGCGAACUCGGUGAGUGCGAGCAGAGCUCGAACGAGUGCCCGUGCCCUCCAUGCGCUGACAGUUCCGUCGUUGAACGAUGCAGACCACGCACCCGGUGAGCCUCCAGUCGCAGCGCGUCCAGGGCCUGUACGGGUUGGACAACAGCGACAGCUCGGGGAUCCCGCACAGCGCCGGGAGCUCGGCGAGCAACUCACCGGACCACUACGAGCGUUUCUCGCCGCACCUGAUGGACCUGAGCAGCCCGCCGGAGCACAGAGACCUUCCCGGUUACCAGGUCCACCACCACCAGAUGAUCUACCAGCCGCCGGCGUACCCCAUCUACCCUAUCCAGGAGGACCCGAAGAGGUUCCAGGAGCCCGGCGGCAAGAUCCUCAGGGACCUUCAAGCAGAGGUGUCCGAGUACGACAGACGUCUUCGCGACAACUCGCCCGGAUUCCUCUCCGAUCACAGCCGGGACCACGAGCAGAGUAUCUAUCUGACCCCAUCGCCGCAGAUGUACUCGUCGGGCGAGGAAAUGGGCCCCAGGCACCCGCAGCAGCCCUACCACGUGGAGGCGAUGGACUACAAGCCGGAGAUCGUCGAGUACAAGCCCGAGGUGCUGGAUUACAAGCCGGAGAUGGAGCAGAGGUUCAAGGAGAUGGAGCCGUCGUCGUCGACGAAGAGCUACGGUUUAGAGGGGCCCAGGACCGGCGGGAAGAGGAAGAGGAAGAGCAGCGCGGAGUCCGAGACGGAGAGCAACGCGUCGUCCACGAAGAACAAGAUCAGGAGGAAGAGCUGCGCGACGUUCGAGGAGAUACAGAACCAGAGGGUGAUGGCGAACGUGAGGGAGAGACAGAGGACGCAGAGUUUGAACGAGGCGUUCGCCGCGCUCAGGAAGAUUAUUCCUACGUUGCCCAGCGACAAGCUCAGCAAGAUUCAGACGCUCAAGCUCGCCACCAGGUACAUCGACUUCCUGUUCCAAGUGCUGCAUUGUAACAUGGAGAACGGCGAGGUCGCCGAGGAGGCUGGUGAGUUGUUCUCGUUUAUACGGUGGUCGGGGAUUCUUGUACAUUUUCUGUAUUUUUUUUUUUGUGUUUUUUAAAUCACGAUCGCGAUUGCGAUUCUUCUUGCGAUUCGAAACAUGUAAGAUGGAGAUGUAUGGUGACGUUUUGUGAUGAUUUAGUGAUUAGGUAACGAUAUAUAUAUAUAAUAAUUAAGCAUUCGAAUUUUAUUGUUUGAAUAAUUUAAAUAACGAUGAAAAAUAAGGUAUGU